UUCAAUUACGUUUAGAGCGCCCGUCGAUCAUAUCGGAAUCUUUCCAAUAUGUCUCUUGAAUAUGAGACAACAUCGUAAAGUUACAGAUACAUUAAGGUUAAAAUAUGAUUUUGAUACAGACUUUUGUAUGUACUCCUAAUAAAUAAAAUAUUUUAUUAUGAACGGAUUAAUCGCAUUUAAAAUCUCACUAUAAAAGGUACAGAUAAUUAUGAGUUUCAUCACGUUAUUACAAUUGAGACAAACCAGAAUAUUAACUAAAUGUCUCUUAGAACAAUAUUUGAAAAGAUACUUAAGGUGUCAAACAAAGUUUUAUUGUAUUAAACAUACUAAUCAUAAAAAUGCUUUUAAUUCAAAAGAUCGUAUUGUAAAACGAAAAGCAUUAAAGGCACGUAUAUUGGAAGAUUUUAAAGAAACAAGAAAAAAAGUAGAAGGAAUAAUCGAAAGAGAAAAUAUAUGGACUGUUCCCAACCUUCUUUGUGUGGGUCGUAUGAUCACAUCGCCUUAUUUAAGUUACUUAAUACUAUCACAAGAUUAUCAGGUAGCACUAUGGCUAUUAGCAUUCGCAGGAGUUAGCGAUUUAGCUGAUGGAUGGAUUGCAAGAACAUGGUCGUCACAAGCUUCUAAACUUGGCAGUUUUUUAGAUCCUGUUGCCGAUAAAUUACUUGUAGGGACACUCUUUCUUUCUUUGGCAUGGGUAGGAUUAAUACCGGUACCUCUUACAUGUCUUGUUGUAGCAAGAGAUAUUGCUCUAGUUGGUGCGGCAUCUUAUAUCAGAUAUCGAUCAUUACCUGCACCCAAAACAUUGGCAAGAUAUUUUGAUCCUACACAUGCGACAGUACAAUUAGCACCUACUAUCGCGAGUAAAUUGAAUACAGCAGUUCAAUUGUCUUUUGCUGCUGGAACUGUAGCAGCUCCUGUUUUUCAUUUUGUGAACCAUCCUAUUCUCCAAUGUUUGUGCUAUAUAACUGCAAUAUCAACACUUGCAGGGGGUAUUAGUUAUUUGACAUCUAGGAAUACGUAUAAAUUUCUUAGAAAGAAAAAAAUUUCAACACGGUCAUAAUUUAUUUUUUCAUUAUCAUUACUUAAUAGCAGAUGAGUAAUGUACAGUUAUCGAAUCUUAUGUACAAAUUUAUUAUUGCAAUUUUUUACAUAUACUAUUUUGCAUAUCGAUAUUCAAAUACUAUAAUAUUUACAGAGAAACAUAUUAGUUAAUAAACUUGUAUAUGUAUAUCUACACUAA